GGUGGUGACAGUCCAGUGGUGAGUGUGGUGAACCAUAAGUGCCCAACGAUCGUCCGAGGCAUUGACAGCCGGUGCACGAGGCUGGUGCAGGAGGAAGUGUCUACAAGGAACCUCACAUUCCCGGAAACCGUGGUGUGUGGGUGGUGGUGCCAAGUAGGCAGCGUCCAGCAGCAGGACGGGCGGGCAGGCAGCAGCAGGUGGCAGUAGGUGGAGCAGCAGUAGCUGGGGGAGGUGGAGGGGAGGAGGAGAAGGAGGGGAGAUAGAUGAAGGUGGUGGUAGCCCACUUUCAGACAGCUACAAUACAACAGCUGGCCACAACAACUAGGACACAAUGGGGUCAGAACAGCACUAUUCACUGCGGUGGAACGACUACACGGUCAAGAUUGUUACAGCGUUCCAGUCGUUACGGGACGAGGAAGAUUUUGUUGAUGUUACCGUGGCCUGUGAUGGUCACUCCUACUCGGCCCAUAAAAUGGUGCUUUCCGCGUGCUCUCCAUAUUUCCGGGCUCUACUCAGGGCCAACCCGUGCCAGCACCCCAUAGUCAUCCUAAAAGAUGUGGGCCACGUCGAAUUGGAGAGACUACUAGAAUUUAUGUACAAUGGUGAGGUGAGCAUAGCGCAAGACCAGCUAGCUGCCUUCCUGAAGACCGCGGAGAACCUGAAGAUCAGAGGAUUAGCUGGGUCCUCCGAUGAGAUGGAUCAGGCAGGGUUGCAUAGACCAGAUGUGUCAUACAGUUAUAGCAGCUGUGCCAUAGGCGGAGGGGGUACUUCUGGCCGAAGUAGCCCUUCCGCUGGUUACGCCCCCAGCCAAGGCUCAAAAGACGACGAAAUUGUAGGUGAUGGAAGUGGAGGCUACCACACUAGACCUGAGUCACCCCCUAGCAAGAGACGGAAACGAACAAGUGCCCCUGCUGCUGGCCAUGCUGACUCCAACACUGCUAGUCACACCACAGACGUUGUGGGUGAAACACCAGUGGAGGUUGAUAGUGGUGGAACGCUGGGCGGCGGAAGCAUACCUGGGGAAGACGACUUGAGGUUAGACCGAAGAGAACUGAAGAGCGAGCCGGGUGACGCCAUGACGGAAGUGUACAGUGAAUCCUCCGAGAUAAGCACCGAUCCGCAAUCUCACUCGGGUGAGGGCCUGGAUCCACGGCAGUCUGUAAUGUACCCUUUAGCAAUGCCUGGGCCCUCGGGAUCGGCAGGAGGACAGGACAGCGUGGGUCCUCAUGAACCGGGCGGUGGUGGUGCCAGGGUGAAGCAGGAGAGCGGGGAGGUGUUGGAACUGUGGUGGGGGGAGCCGGGGGGAGCCGUGGGCAGCUCGGGGAGGGCACCACCACCACUGCCAGCAGCAGCAGCAGUCACCUCGUCAACACCACCACCACCACCACUACCAACACCAACAGCCAUUACAUCACCCUCCUCAACACCUUCCACCACCACAACUCGAGUUCCGGAGGUUCCGACGUGGACCCCCUUCAGCCCGCCCCCGAUGGCGCCCCUCAGCCACCUGGAGAGCCUCACCCACACCACCUUCACGCGCGUGGGCGACGUCGUGGUGGGCGCGGGCGGGGCGGCGACGGAGGCAGCGGCGGCGGCGGUGGGCGGCAGGGCCCUGGCCGUGAACAGGCCGUGGUUCCCGUGUCCGCAGUGCGGUAAGCGGUUCCGCACGCGUGUCACGCUCUCGCGCCAUGAGAAGAUCCACACGGGCAACGCCUUCCCGUGCCCCGUAUGCCCCAAGGUCUUCUACCAGGUGUCCAACGUCAAGUACCACGUGACCGCCGUCCACGGCCGCCAAUACGAACCACCGCCAAGGUCGCAGGAGUCGGCUCUCUGACCUCCGCCUCUCCCGCGGUUCCUCAGGCCUCGCCCGGGCCCCUCGUAGACCUCUCGCGCCCGCCGCCGUCGCCGUCGUCUUCGUCGUCUUUGUACCUGUAGGGACUCACGCCAAGCUUGGCACGAGGCACGGCUCUGCCCCCGCGACGGAGCUCCUCUUCCUCUUCCUCUUCACCUCCUUCAAAUGCCAUGUUUCUCAAGUGGUUCCUGUGGCCCUGGUUUCUUCUCUUCUCGUCUUGUCUCGACUUCUAAGUGCAAUGGCAUCCUCCCUCAUUCGCCUUGUCCCUGAGCACUGGCUGUUCUCUUUUUCCCUUAGAGCAUGAGACAUCCUUCCUCCCUUCCUUUCCUUUCGCCUCGCCAGGCUGGGAUGCCGUCGUGUUGUGACGACGCCCUUGUGUUCUUGCUCCUUUUUCCUUUCCCCACGUUCUUUUCUUUAGUUUUGAUUUUACUCUUCACAAGAGCUGCUCUCUCUCUCUCUCUCUCUCUCUCUCUCUCUCUCUCUCUCUCUCUCUCUCUCUCUCUCUCUCUCUCUCUCUCUCUCUCUCUCUCUCCCUCUCCCUCCCUCUCUCUUCUACUUUUUUUUUCUCGCACAUUCCUUUUUUUCUCCCAUCUUUUUUUUCUCAUGUUUACAGCUUUCUGAUUAUUUUAUGCUUACCUCUUAGACGCACAGUAUUUCGUCCUAGCCUAAGACUCCUCUGGAAUAUCCUGCAUUUCUCUGUUCUUUCUCUCUUCCCGUUCUUCGUCCUUAAAAUCCUUGAUUCCUGUCCUUCGUCACACUGUCUUGAAAAAUAAAUAGCCUCUGAUUGUAUUCAUCUUCACACGCAACUCGAUGGGUCGUUGUUUGUCUGACGGGAGAUGUAGACAGCGAGGUGGGCGGAAUGGGCGGGGGAGGGGAAGGUAGAGUGCGUGAAUCAGAGGUCCUUUGGCACUUUUCUUUUCUCUAUUACUAGUCUCUCAUCUCUUUUCUUGUUUUCUCUCCCUUUCUCUGCCUGUCUGCCUCUUUGUAUGCCUCUCUCUUUUUGUUGAUCUGUCCCUGUCUAUUCCUUUCAUCUUUGCAUCUUCCUGCUCCCCCUCCGAACUGUUCCUUCCGUAGCCCCUUCACUCCCUAUCCCUCCAUCUUUACAGUGUCUUCCCGUGCCCCCCCCCCCCCUCCCACCCCUCCCUUUGGCGUUGUUUUGAGCCUUGCGAGUGUAACACACGACAGCACCGCCUGGUUGCUGUUGCACUAACGCACGCUGGUCUGUUCCUCCUCACUAACCCACUGUUGCUGCUGCCGCUGCCACUACUACUGCUGCUGCUGCUGCUGCUGCUGCUGCUGCACACAAUCCCCAACCCUCACCUCAGUGACUCAGGCUUGCUGGCUCCCCUCACUGACAAACUCUUCUC